AAAAAAAAAGAAAAAAAAGAAAAAAGAAAAAAGAAAAUUUCUUCUCUCUUUUUUUUAUUAAAAAAAAAAAUUUCAUAGAGUCCCAAUUCCUAGUUUUGAAUUUUCCGAUCUCUUCCAAAAAAAAGCACCCAUUCAACUUUUCAUCUGUAUAAUAAACAAUAUAUAUUACGUAUCGAUCUGGGAAUUCGGGGAGGGUCAAUUGUGACAUAGUAAUUAGAUUAGAUCGUUGUUGUGUGGGUUUUGGGUGGGCCGAAGAAGAAGAAGAAGAAGGAAAUGUCUCCGUCUGCAAAUGGACGGAGGAGAAGUAGCGGAAGCGGAGGAGGAGGAGGAGGAGGAGAAGGUGUGAAUUAUAGUUAUAAAUAUAUAGAGCACCAAGUGUCCAAGUUCGAUACCCUCGCCGGUGUCGCCAUUAAAUACGGUGUCGAGGUAGCUGACAUUAAAAGGAUGAAUGGCUUGGCAACAGAUCUUCAAAUGUUUGCUUUGAAAACAUUACAAAUACCAUUACCAGGAAGACAUCCACCAUCUCCCAAUUUGUCUCCCAAUUUGUCUAAUGGGUCUGCUUCUCAAGGAGGAAACAGCACUGAAAAAACAUCCUCGCGUCUAGGCCAAUCUAAUAUAUUGGGAUCGUUCCAGUUGCCAAGAUCAAAAACACCCCAACAGGUGUCUCCAGCCAUGAGCACUUUACAGAAGUUUUAUGGUCUGCAAUCUCCAAAUCUCAAGGAUACAGCUGAGGGCACAGAGAUGUCAGUUUACAAAACUGGGAGUUCAGAUUACUUUGAUGAUGAACUGCUGCUUAAAACCUCACCAAUUUCUGGUCCACCUUCAAACCACCAUCAGAACUCCAGAAAUUCAGUUAAUGGUUUCUUGCCUGAGAAUGGUCAAGUGGUUGGGCAUUGGAAUCUUGCUGAACCUGGAGAUGGGGAGGGUGAGAAAUCUGAUGAAAAGCCUGUCCGAAGGCGUCCAAAGCCUGAGGUUGAUUCUGGGGCUGGAACACCUGAAAGAUUGUUGAAAGGAGAAAACAGUGGUGGAAGCAGUGGUUUCUCAGCUUCAACAGGUAAAGGUCUAGCAAUGAGGCCAAAAUCAGCAAGCCGAACGACACUAUUCUCUGAUUCAGAGUCAGGAUGGUUGAAUUCUAUUCCAGUGGGAUUGGGAGAUUCCAUAAUAGCUGAUGGGCUAUCUACAGUUCGUAAAUCAUCAAGCACAUCAAGCCUGAAAGACCAGGAAACUAAUAACUCAACAUCUGCUUGGCCAACGUCAAAGUGGAGUUUAAAAUCAGACUUGCAAUCUCUCUCAACAGCAGCCAUCACCCGACCAAUCUUUGAUGGUUUACCCAAGCCAAUAAGUGGCCGAUGGAACAAAGCUGCCCUUGAUUAGUAUCAUUUAUUUUGCACAUUCAUGGAACCAAUUUGUUUCCUCUUUACUACAAUCUAAUGUGCUGAAAAUUCUCAGCCAGGCAUUACAAUAUACAAUCACAUCACGUUGCUGCAAAGUGUAUUGGAAAAGGGGAAAAAAACUUGAGAAGGAGAGGGAAGAUAAUACACUAUUUAGAUAUCAAUGCGACUAUUGGUGAUGAAACAUUCGUUUAUGAGAGUGACUUUUUUCUAGUCGAAGCAGCAACAGCUAUAGAAAAAGUGUGAUAAAAAAGGUAAACAACUUGUAUUCUUUUUUCCCUUUAAUUUUUAAUCCCAUACAUGGACUGGGAAUAUAAGUGUAGAUUAUUGAUCUCAUUUUUUACAUAAUUGAGUCUAGUAACCUAGUCAAUUUAUGUUGCUUCCCUAUCAAAAGUGCGCUUCAUCACAAUUGUAUCAUUGCAUACUUAUUGGCUAUUUCAUAAGGAAUAUAUAUUGAUUUUUAUUCAA